UAGAGGCUGAACUUGCAAAUGCAGAGCAUAGGAUGUGUGGAAGGCAUAUAUAUGCUAACUGGAAGAAGCAAGGUUUCUCAAGGUCAGAAUACAAGAAUCUCUUUUGGGGAGUAGCUUACAGCUACACUGAAGGAGAGUACGAGGAGAAGUUGGAUUUGGUCAAGGCAUAUGAUCCUUCAGCCUAUCAAGCCUUACUAGCAACCGAACCGGAAAGGUGGUGUCGUGCCUUCUUUAAUGUUCAGUCACAUUGUGCUGAUGUGCACAAUAAUUUGUCAGAGAGUUUUAAUAGGACAAUAAAAAUGGCAAGGUCUAAGCCAAUAAUUAAUAUGCUGGAGGAUAUAAGAAGACAGGCUAUGAGAAGGAUUUCUAGAAGGUGUCUGAAGGCAGAGAAGCUGGAAACUCCUGUUACACCAAUCACAAUGGCAUUAUUGGAGAAGGCAAGGUUGGCAAAGCAGUAUUGUGGUACACUACGUAGUAGCAAGACUUUAUAUGAGGUAAAUGAGUUUGAAAAUGGAUACAUUGUUGAUUUGGCUACCCAUGAAUGUGCAUGUAGAAGAUGGGAUCUUACAGGGAUACCAUGUAGACAUGCUGUAUGUGUUCUAGAUGAUAAUCAAGAUGAUCCAGUACGGUAUGUUGCUGAUUAUUACUUCACUCCAGUCUUUAAGAAGACAUAUGAAGAGAACAUCAAACCUGUAAAUGGUGAGAAACUUUGGAUGAGGACAAAUAAGCCUCCAAUAGGGAUACCUGAGAUGAGAAAACCAAGAGGGAGACCAAAAAACAGAGACAGACAAAAAGAACCUUUUGAAGACUUACAAAUUAAAUCCAGGGAAAUCAACAAGACACGGCAGGAUUCCACAUUGUAGCCGAUGUGGUCAAGCUGGGCAUAACAAGAUUAGUUGCAAGAAUGAACCGGUUGUUGUUGAAGGUCCAAAGAACAAACGUGGGAGACCAAAGAAGCUUAUAGAUGAGUAUCGUCCAAAGCCACCACCAAAGCCAAGAAAAAGAAAAGACACCCAUACUGUUGGAAGUAGUUCUCAGCCUGUACAAGUUGGUGAAUCAAGCUCACAAAUUCCAGUUACUUCUAGUGCUCCUCAGCCGUCAACCUCAUCAAAUCAAAUGCAGCCACAUGUGAAGAAAGCUCGAAGAGGGAGACCACUGAAGAUUAGAAAAACAGGUAAAAUUCCACACGGUGUUGGAACAUUUUGGAGUCCAUUCACUGAUCGACCUUUUGAGGUUUUUGGAGACCGAGUUUAUGAUAGGUCUGACCUUAACCCAAAGCCUCCAAAAGACCAUAACACGUAGUCAGACCAAUAGGCACCAUGUUUUGGUGACCAAUAGGCACUAUGUUUUCUUUUGAAUUCAUGUAUGACAAUUUGACAUUAUCAGUUAUCUAUAUCAUCAUAUUUUUCUUCA